UCCAACUAGGGGUUAUAAAAGGGCCAGUCACUAUGGCUAGGAUUGGCCACAUCGUCACCAACUCUUUGCCGACUUGGAUAUGUCAAUGGCUCAAUCGUGAACAUUUGAAAAACUCCGUCGAUUGCAACACACAAAAAUGACUAUUUCUUCUAAACAGAUCGUGUUGGUGCUGGCCGUAGUGAUUUCGGUGGCCUACGCCGCGGAGGUGACCAAAGGCGAUUUGGCGGUAGCUGAGAGCAAAGGGAAGAAGCACCACGUAGUUUUAGUUUACGACGACAACUACGGAAGCAGUUACGGAAGCAGCGGAAGUAGCUACGGAGGAGGUGGCAGCAGCUACGGAAGCAGUUACGACAGCUACGAUGACGGCUACGAGGUCAAAGUUAAAGCUAAAGGUAAAGGCAAGGGCAAAGGCAAAAGCAAGGGUCUCCGAACUACUUACGGCUAUGACGGACCCAGCUAUAGUCCCAUCAGCUACGGCGGAAGCAGCUACGGUGGAAGCAGCUACGGCGGAGGACACGACGUCGUAGUUGUACAGAAAGGCAAAGCCAAAGGACAUGGACACAAGGGCAAAGGACAUGGACAUGGUUAUAGCGCUGGACACAGUGGUGGAUACAGUAGCGGAUACAGUAGUGGAUACGGUGGCAGCGGAUAUAGUGGUGGGCACACCAAAGGAAAGGGCAAAAAAGUAAAAGUACACCAAGUUGUAGGUUACAGUUCCGGCGGAUACAGUAGCGGAGGUGGAUAUGGAGGCGGAGGCGGUGGUGGAGGAUCGGGUAGCGGCGGAUCCAGCGACGAAGACAGCUCGAACGGCGGCGGCGGUGGCGGAGGUGGCUACAAGAGUGGUGGUGGUGGUGGUGGAAAGAGUGCCGCUGCUUCCGAACUCACUACCGCUGUAUUCAUUCCAGCAGCAGUCGCAGCCGCUCCAGCCGUAGUUGAAGCCGUCGCUCCCGCAAUCGUUUCUGAUACGGGUAGCGAAUCGGUGGGCGAAGGAUCGGGCACGAUUUCAUCGGCCGUUGUGACAAGCGAAGACGGCGGAGGUGGCGCUGGUGUCGCCGUAGCCGAUGCGACUGCAGUUGCUGCCGGCGGAGGUGAAGCAGCAGCUGUCAGUGAAGCCGUCGCUGAUGCGCCGGCAUCGGGCGGUGAAGCAGAAGCGAGUGUAGGCGAAGGCGGUGGUGAAGCAAGUGCUGGAGGUGAAGCUGGAGGUGAAGCAGCGGCAAGUGGGGGUGGCGAAGCAUCCGCAGGAGAAUCAGCCGCAACUGGUGAAGGCGCCGGUGGAGGUGAAGCAAGUGCCAGCGCCAAAAGAAGCGUCGCCUCUGUUGGAGGUGAAAAGAAUGUCACCAUUAGUGAAAACAAACCAAUCAUUCCUCCAAACGGAUUCAGCAUUCCUCCAGCAACUAGUUCUACUUUACCCAGCCGCCCUUCUUCGAAUAAUCGUCCUUCUUCAUCCAACAAUCGAAAUCCUUCCGGUAAUCGCAAUCCUUCCGGCAACCGUCCGCCUUCCGGCAACCGUCCUCCUCAAAGAAAUCGCCCUUCACCUGGAAAUCGGCCUAAUCAAGGCAACCGUUCACCUCCUCCUGUCAGACGUUCUCCUCCGUCUGGUUCUGCCCGCUCUCCUUCAUCUUCUGCUGGCCGUUCUCAGCCGUCAUCAGUUCGUAAUCCAAGGGCCGGUCCACCAACAGACUCGACUACGACCUUGCUCGAUCUUCCUUGGCCGAAACCAAAACAGUUUUUGAUUCCUGGAUAACCGAAAACGGAUAAAAACCCUAACAAGGGAAAAUAAAACUCCAAGGGUUUUUUUUUUUAAGAUUUUAUAUAAAGAUUAAACAUAUUACGUAUUAUACAUUGCAAAGACGCCACCAAUAAUAAUCGCUCGUUAACACGGAAGCAAAAUACAGAUUUAUGGCGUUAAA